AUGGCGGUGCAUGUGUACGGGUGGGGCCGUGGCGGAGCCGGGUGGGGCCGUGGGCAUGGGAGCGGGCCUGGCGGGGAGGGCAGGGCCGACGCGCUGUACCCGCGGCGGCAGAAGAGGCUGGAGGUGGACGCGGCUAUCCUGGAGGUGGGCCUGGGCGACGAGUAUGUGGCUGUGCUCACGGCUGAUGGCGAGGUGUACACCAUGGGCGAGGGGAGGGACGGCCAGCUGGGCCACGGCGCAGACCGCACGGUGCUGGACGAGUUUGUUCGCGUCGACGCCCUCGCGGGCUUCUACGCCAACCGCCCGCCCAUCGUCAUCGUCCACCUCGCUGUCGGCCGCCGCCACGUCUUGGCAGUGGCCCGCGACGGCGCGCUCUACUCGUGGGGCUGCGGAAGCAGGGCCCAGCUUGGCCACGGCGCCUUGCGCAACGAGUACGAGCCGCGGCAGAUCGGGAAGCUCGCGGCCACAACCAUUGUCCGCGCCUGGGUCCAAGAUGAGGCCUCGUACGCGCUCGACGCAUGCGGCGGACUCUAUGCCUGGGGCUACGCGCCGGACGGCCGUUUGGGUGUCCACGCCGCGCCGGGCAACGGUGGUGAUCUUCCACCGCAGGCCCAGCUCGUCCUUGUCCCGGCCUUUGUUCCGGCCACAAUGGCGAUGCCGCUGGUGGCGCUCGACGUCGGCGACGACCACGCGGCUGGCAUUGCAGCCGACGGCACGCUGCUUCUCGGGACCGGAAACCGCGAGCGGUGUUUCACGCCGACGGCCAUUGCCUUUCCGCCGACGGCGCCGCCAACGACCCGCCGCGCGCCGGAGAUGCCGGCCAUCUCGAUCACCAUGGUGGUGGAAGAGAGCGACGACCCGGUUGGAUCGGCAGCCGACUCGUCGGUGGUGGUCGACGCGGACGAUGCACCGACUGCCGCAGCACCUCCACCGUCGGCCGACGAGGCGGACAGCGGAAGCGCGCGCGACAAAGACGCGGACGCGGACCAACUCGCCCGCCCAGUCGAUGUUGCAGCCGGCUCGAGCUUUACUCUCGUCCUCGACUCAGGCGGGCGUGUGUACAGCACUGGGCUCAAUUCGCACGGACAGCUCGGACUCGGCAAGCCGCACGCCAAAGACGCCAGCAUCGCCGGCCUGGCCCACAUCCCAAAGCUUGUGGGUGUGGCCUCUAUCCACGCUGCAGGGCUUUCUGCCGCGGCGAUUCUCGACGACGGCGUGCUAGUCACCUGGGGCUACGGGCGCGACGGGCGGCUCGGGGUGGGCCUCCGGGCAUCGCUGGCGCUCCCAACGCAGGUGGCUGCGCUUGCGGGCAAGCACGUGGUUCACGUCAACAUGGGCGGCGGGCGGAUGGCGGCGCUGGUCCUCGCCGAAGACACGACCGAGGUGACGGAUCCGGUGACUGCGUGCCGGACAACGCUCACAUUCUGACGAAAGAGUAAAGAGACCAAACUACGCG